CUUCUGACUAUCCACUCACACCACUCCACCCUUCUCAUUGCCGAACCUCACUCCGAAUCAAGUAAGUCAGGCUGAAGCAUGGGGAAACCCCAAAGCCCAAGCCCAAGACCAUCCUCGCCGAAGUGAUCUGUGAGAAAUCAUCGUCCUGGAAGAAUCACGGAGAAUUCCCCAAAUCCAAGGCUUGUAUUUAUUUCAGACAACAAUUCACACGACCUGGUAUACUUUAUAUAAACACAUUUAGGGUCUAAGAUCGUCUAUUCAGGUUAGGCCAAGCAGUCCAUCUUCACCAUGGCUGGGUUGAAGGCUUCCUCGUCGAGUUCAGGAUUCUUUCAGGCUCUGCCUAAAGUGCCACCACAAUACUCCUCACCUGAACCGAAUAGUCAAAACAAACAUGAGGCAUCAGACGACGCCGUCCUAUCACGAGUUCUCUCAAUCUACCUUCCGAGUCCAUUGCCUCAACAUAUCCAGAGCCAUUUACACAACUUCUCCCGACUAGUCCUCUCGCCGUCAACUCUUCAAUACACGGUCGAUUGCGAUACAGACUUGCCGACCAUUCACCAGCUGACCACAUUUGGAGAGGAGAACAAGGUCGCGCCGUUGCGCACGAGUGAAGGAUGGCGCAUGUUGAAAUUGAUCGAAACUAAAGCAGGCGUCGUAGGCUAUGGAUAUCCUCAAUCAGGAAUACCACUGGAAUUCAACCGUCGCGUCCAUCAAUACGCAACCCUUCAUCUAUGGCACGGGUCGGCAGCUGUAGCAACAUGCCCAAUGGCCAUGACAGAUGGCGCUGCCGCCCUCUUAAGAAGACACAUUGAUGAUUCUGAUGGCGAUCAACCCGGUCGAGCCAAGGUCCUGCGCGACUCAUACUCUCGACUCGUCUCCCUAGACCCCGAAACGUCGUGGACAAGUGGCCAGUGGAUGACGGAACGAACUGGCGGAAGUGACGUCCGAGGCACUGAAACUGUCGCACGUCGACUCACACAGUCCGAGCUCGACGCAGACUCUGUGGCCCGCCGAGACAAGGACGCUCACGGUCAACCACUUGGACCCUGGACAGUCGAUGGUUUCAAAUGGUUUUCCAGCGCCACCGAUGCCGAUAUGGCAGUUCUACUCGCCCAAACCGACAAAGGAUUGAGUGCAUUCUAUGCACCAUUGCGUCGACAAACCGGCUUGUCCCCCUCCACGGCUCCUUCAACUCUGACCACACAGGCCUCGGAUGUGCCCACCGAGAUGAACGGUGUGCGUAUCCAGCGACUGAAAAACAAACUAGGCACCAAAGGAGUCCCCACGGCCGAGCUCGAGUUGAAAGGCAUGCGAGCCUAUCUAAUUGGAACCCAAGGACAAGGUAUCAAGGAAAUCAGCUCCAUUCUCAACAUCACUCGCCUGCACACCGCCGGUGGCGGCACAGGGACCUUAGCACGCGCCCUCGCCGUGUCCCGCGCAUACACCCAAGUCCGCAAAGUCAAAGGCACUUUCCUAUCCGAAAACCCUCAACACCUGGCAUGGAUGGCGGGCGAAACGGUCAAAUACCACGCCAAUGCACACCUCUUAUUUCUCGGAGUAGCACUCCUCGGCGCCAGUGAACAGUCACAACCCGCUGUAGCGUCCAACACCCCUUCAGCCACCAUCAUCCCUCAGGAUGCCACCGCGGUCGCCAACCUCCUCCGCCUCCUCACCCCUGUCGCCAAGGCUCAAUGCUCACUCAACGCCGUAUCCGGCGUACGAGCCUGUAUGGAAUCGCUCGGCGGAGUGGGAUAUUGCGAGAACAACGAAGACGGCGGAGUGAUGAACCUGGCACGACUACUCAGAGACACCACCGUCAACCCCAUCUGGGAAGGCACCACCAGCGUCAUGGCCGAAGACGUCCUCCGGGUCGUCAAGAACCCACGUGUCAAGAACAAAAACGUCCUCGACGACGUCUUGGGAACUUGGUUACGAACCGUCCUCGCCGCCGUGUCGUCCGACUUAUUCAAAAUCGAACUCGACAUCGUUCAAACCCGCUACCGUGCUCUGAAUGAACUCGUCCGUGACACCGAUUCCGUCCAGCUCCAUUGGCGCGGAAGAGAAGUCCUUGACCAUAUCGAGGCCGUGGUCUCGGCGGCUCUACUCAUGUUCGACGCCACUCUCGACCAAGACGAGAUCGCUGUGGCCGUCGCCCGUCGCUAUGUCAAGAGUAUCGCCUUACCUCGCCACAAGUUGUAUAGCGACCGAAACUUUGAUUUCGCCGCAGAAGUCAGACUGGAUAGGUUGAUUUUCUUGGGCAGAUCAUCAUCAGCCGCGGACGCGUCGUUGGUUGCGUCAUUGCAGGCGAAAUUAUAAAAAGAAACGGGCCUACAUAGUUGGGUGAGAUUUAAAAAAUCGUAC